UUAAUAAAACAAUACUAUUUUCAAAAUUAUCAUGAAGACAAAUAAAAAGCAUGAAUUGAUGGCGCUAUCUGACGAUAAGGCGUUUAUACUUCUUGGUAUACCACGAUGGAGUAAGGAGGAGCUGACUGUUGAACAGAUUGCUCAGCAGGUGGAAAAGAAACUGAACUCUGAGGAGGGAAGUAAUGAACAGAUAAGAUUGGCACAGAGACACCUGUUGACAAAACUGCGAAUUAAUGAACUGGUUGAGAACAACUCCUGGCGCCCUGGGGUUGCCAAGUUUACCCUGCCAUCAGAUAAUGUCACGAAGUGGAGAACAUCUGGGGGCAAAAUAACAAGCGAAAUUGUUCAAAAUAAAGCAUCAAAUAUGCUACAAAAACUUCUCGGCAAAAAAUAGUCAAAAAUUCAGAGCUUUUUUACUUCAAACUGUGCAUAUUGUAAAUAAUAAAAGGAAAAUAAUGCAUUUUUCAAGUGAAAGGGUGUUUUAAAUAUCAAACGUGGUUUAAAAUGUUUUUAAAAACUAUUGUGAUUAGAUCUCAUAUAUUCAAUUGUAUUCUAUAUUGUAUUCUAUAUAUUUCAAGUUGUAGAUAUCAUUAGUGACAGAUGAAAAUUAAAAUUUAGACAAAAUGCACGUUUAGUAAGUUAAAUGCGGUCUCAAACAUUCAAAACGUCAUGAUUUCAAUUUUCCGAUGAUUCUAUAAUUUUAGACAUAUUAACAUGAUGAUUGAUGAAACAAUUCAGACUAUAAGUCACAAAAACAAUGUUUGUUUUGGUGCAUAAUGAACAUGUUAACGAUAAUCAUAUUUGUUAAGAGACAGGAUUUUUUUGUAAUAGAGUAACUCUGUGGGCGUUGAACUCAUUGGAUAUAUAAGAGGAAUAAAAUUAAUCCCUGGAUCUGCAUAGAAUAAAGAUCAAUGCUUGAUCCUGAAAUUAUAAAAUAAAUUUGUUGAACUGAAGUUGUUUUUCUCAAACAUUUUAAAAAUAUUGGAUUUUGUUCCCUCAGCGGGAAAUUCACGAAACAUUGAGAAAUCUUUUA